AUGCAGUCCCCGGUACUGGCGGUGGGUCUCAGUGUGGCUCUGCCCACUCCCGGGUCCCCAGCCGCGGUGCUGCUCUCUAACCUGUCCGCGCCCGACAGAGACAACAACGGCACCCUGGACCCGCUGGAUCCGCGGCGGCGCGCACAGUCCUACGGUCAGUUCUCCCAGAGCGCGGCGGUGCUCGUGACCGCGCUCAUGACGCUCAUGGUUUUCGCCACCGUGCUCGGGAACGCGCUCGUUAUUCUGGCCUUCGUGGUGGAGAAAAGUUUACGCACCCAGGGCAACUUUUUCUUCCUCAACCUGGCCAUCGCGGACUUCCUGGUCGGUGGUUUCUGUAUCCCGGUGUACAUUCCCUAUGUGCUGACGGGUGAAUGGAGGCUUGGCAGGGGUCUGUGUAAACUCUGGUUGGUGGUGGACUACAUGCUCUGCACAGCCUCCGUCUUCAACAUCGUGCUCAUCAGCUUCGACCGUUUUCUGUCCGUCACAAGAGCGGUGAGCUACCGAUGUCAGAAGGGCGUGACACGUGAAGCGGUGUUAAAGAUGCUGUGUGUCUGGCUGGCUGCUUUCCUGCUGUACGGUCCGGCCAUCAUUAGCUGGGAGCACAUUGCUGGCAAGAGCGUGGUGCCUCACGGUGAGUGCUAUGCCGAGUUCUACUUCAACUGGUACUUCCUGAUGACCGCCUCCACUGUCGAAUUCUUCACCCCCUUCAUCAGCGUCACUUACUUUAACCUCAGCAUCUACAUUAACAUCCGCAACCGGUGUGUGCUUAGGGAGGAACGAUCUACCUGCGUGAACAUCAGGAACAGCAGGGCCGGGGACGCCAAGCCGUUCUGUGCAGGUGACGUCCAGCGUGUGUUUUUCGUCCGGCCGGCCGAACCCAGCCACGUCGAGGAGCACAUGCAUUCCAGAUCUCCUUGUUGUCGCUUAUCGAACGGAACCAUCUCAGGAACCGAGUCGGAGAACCCCGGACGGACUUUAAAACGGAGAAUAAGUGCAAUACAAGACCUUCCUCCUCUGCAGGUUGGAGACAUGGUCGUGAACGAGACGCCCUUCGACGGCGCCGGAGAUCCAUCGCACAGAAAUCCAGCGGAUGUUUCAUCGAGUCUAGCCAGCCGCUUUCGACUCUCCAGGGACAAAAAGGUGGCCAAGUCUCUUGCUGUGAUCGUGUGCGUGUUCGGUUUGUGCUGGGCGCCGUAUACCCUCCUCAUGAUCAUCCGGGCCGCGUGUCACGGCCAGUGCGUGCAGCACUAUCUGUACGAGAUCUCGUUCUGGCUCCUGUGGAUUAAUUCCUCCAUCAAUCCCGUUCUUUAUCCUCUCUGCCACACCAGCUUCAGGAGGGCUUUCAGUAAACUGCUGUGUCCGAGCAAAAUUAAAAUCCAGCCCCAGUACAUGGACCAAAAGUACUGAUGCGUCUAGAAACACAAGGGCUUAUUUGUUCUGCCAUGGACUGAGACUCGUGCAGACAAUGUUUGUGUCAGUAUGUUUAGUUUCGUUCGACUGCUGGAUUUGUACAAACUGUAGUACUGAAUGAAGUGAACCUGUAUUCAUGUCCAUCCUGUUUUUUUUGUGCACCUAAAACAUGUUUUUGUAACCUUUUACACUGUAGUUUGUUCCUUGAUAUUUCUAAAUGUUUGGCAUUAUGUAGUUUAUCAAAUUACACCGAUGAAGAACAACCAACAAGACAACAGACCAUAACCAACAGACUAUAAUAAACUGAUGCAACAGUGGACACAGAUGCGAUUCUUUAGGGCUAUGUGUAUAUAUCACAAAUAAACAACAAACAUACUUGGAGAA